ACAAACCGUGUAUAGCCGCGAGAAAACGGAUCUCACCAAUGUCUGGGGGGUGAAGACCCAGCCACACACCUCAGGAAAAUCAGCUAAAAGCAUUUCGACUUGAACAGAAGGUGGUGCUGUGGCGGGUAAGCAUCGUGGCUGCUUGAAGCACGAAUGGUUCCUGCGGUUGAUUGUCGGCCCGCCAUGCAGGGCAACAGCUGGGGACAGCAACGUACGCUACGUCGUCACAACACAACCUCACAUCCACACAUUUGCGCGCCAUGCUCGUCUCUCUCACUGUCGGCAAGGUCGACGCCGGUGUCGCGGUGCUUCUGACCGAAGACAAGCGCCUCAUCGAGUUCCCCUCCAUUCUCCUGCCGCCGGACAUUUCCUCGGGCAGCAUAGUCGACAUCGACGUAGCGCGCAACAUCAAGGCCGAGACCGAUGCCGCGACUGCCUUCUACGAGCUCCAGUCUGAGAUCUUCCGCACAUUCGGCCAGAGCACUCCCUCAGCACCUGUCCUCCGCUGUCGCAAUGCCACCCAGACCUCAGUCGUCCUGGAAUGGGACCCCGUAGACGUUGCAACCGCCGAGCUGCGCAGCCUCACCCUGUACCGCAAUGGCAACAAGGCGGGCACCAUCCCCAACCCCAAGGAGGUCCACAGCACGAAGCUCAGUGGACUGGGUGUCGAUACUGAAUACGUCUUCCAUCUGGUGCUCAAGACCAGCGCGGGUACAUUCAGCAGCGAGAAGCUCACAGUCCAAACACACAAGAUGACAGAUCUGUCUGGCAUCACAAUCACACCCGGCCACAUGCCUUCCGCUCUCCGCUCGUCGCUGCAGCGCUCUGUUGAGAGAAUUGGCGCCAAGAUCGCGGACACAGUCCGCAUCGACACCACACAUUUCGUCUGCACAGAGGGGCGAGGGCCGGCAUGGGAGAAGGCUGUGGAGAACAACAUCCCCGUCGUGGUGCCAGACUGGGUCAUUGGCUGCGAGAGAGAUGGCAGGAUUGUGGGCGUUAGAGGUUACUACCUGAACGCCGACCCACGGCUACGGACAGUCAGUCAAGGGGGUCCAGCACCACAGCAACAACCGCAGCAGCAGCAAGCACAACCCCAGCAAGCACAGCCGCAGCCACCACAGCCACCCCAGCCCAGAAGUCCAAUUCAGAGCCCGCGAACAGAAGUCACACCGCCCACCCCCGAGCGACCUACACGAGAACGCGAAUCAGACAGCGCAGCACCCCCUCCACCACCGCCGAAAGAUGAUGCGAGCGAGCGAAGCGUGUCACCCGCGCCAGAGCCGAAGACCCAGUCAGAACAAGACGAGCAGAAGGCCAAGCCUGAGGAUCUGAAGUCACAGCCAGGGAAAGGAGAUGAGGAGGUAGUAGACUCAGAGGACGAGCAGCCCGUAGGCGGUGAUGUGAAAGAGGUCGAGGCGGGCUUGCCGAGCAGACCAAAGGCAACGGUCGAGGACGACGAGGAUGGGGACGAUGGGGACGAUGGGGCGAGCUUUCAGGAGGUGGCAUUGUGAGCGCGUAUGGGUGCACGAUUGACAAACUUGAAUGGAGCAUGGCAUGCGUGCGAGCGAGUCAUGAGUUUUGGUUCAAGCCAGCAACAAUGAUGAUGAUGAUGUACCAAGUCAUGGAUCUCGUCGCCAUACAGCUUCAACUCUGAUCCAACAGCAUGCUGAUGGUUAUAGUGCUGUACCCCUUGGGGCUGCCAGCCGAGGGUGAGUAACGCCGGUCCUUACCACUAGGCUUAUCGGCUAGUCAGAACAAGCCGUGUGCGAGUGUCAACAGCGCCUUCCCUGGAUAUCUA